CUUUGUUUUCCAUGUCUGUUUUCUGUGUCAUUCAAACCAUGACCAAAUCAGGAGGCAGGAAUGUAAGAGACUCAGUGGGGCCAUGAUGUUGUGAUGUUGUGUCUCUCUGAAAGAAUGGGGUGGAGCUUUUGGGAGAAUAAAUGGAAGGUAGGCAGGAACCCAAGCACCUGUUAGACUUUAUGAGGAGCGCUGUGGAUUGUAUACACUACCCGUGCGCAUCAUCAUUCAACUCUUGGUGGAUUUAACAGGCUUGUUAAACAUUUGAGAUACUAUUAUGACUUUCUCUGUGCAGACCACUCUGUUUAUCUCUGCCACACUAUGUAUCCUGCAACAUGGAUUUGGAUAUCCACUUUCUGAACAAUCCGAAGCAUCCAAAAGUCUACCUGUUUUCAAACGGGUUCGGACCAAACGCUGCUCCUGUAACAGCUGGUUGGACAAGGAAUGUAUUUAUUUCUGCCAUUUGGACAUCAUCUGGAUCAACACACCAAGUAAAAUCACCCCCUACGGUCUGGGAAGUAAUUUAUCCCGCCGUCGGCGUUCAGUGGGUCGCUGUGAAUGUGCAACCCCAGCUGACCGCACCUGCUCCAGUUUCUGCCACACCAGUUCAGAUAUGGUUAUCACGACCCAACUUAAUGGCCAUCCAAAUGACAUGGACAUGAAGAAUGAUCUACUUUCAUCUUUCAGGAAGGCAGCUAAAGAAAACCUCAUCAUGAUAACAUCACGUUCUGUGUUACUCAAAAAGAAACUCAGAGCCAAGAAUCUCUUGAUCAGUUAGAGACAGAUCUAAAAGUGAUCGGGCAUCUAAACAAAAACAAUCCUAGAUUUGGGAUCUGCUUCAUGAGGAAGUGGAUGGUUCAACCGAAUCGAAUUCAAGACAGAACAGAAGUCUUGAAGAUGAGCAUCUUUUGCUUAGGAGGUCUAUAACAAAUGUGGUGAAAACCCAGUGGUGUGAAAACAAUUCAUUCAAUUCCACCCUCUGCCUACAGACUUCGAUAAUUGCAUAAAUAGUAUUUAUUUUUGACACUGAAAAGUUCUCUUAAUGUUCUUUGGCUGAAUGUAUGUUUCACAUUUAGUUUUUUCUUUUAACUUAUUGUGCUUAUGAGACAUUUUCUCUGUAUCAGAGCUAUUAAGAAUGUGAUGUUAUUUAUUUUGGAAAGUGUCUUCACAUUUUCUACAAUCAACUGCUGAAGCAAGCAUUGCAAUAUCUUGAAAGAAAGAUUGUGAAAAAGCAGUAGCACUGUGGAAUAUUUAUCUGUUUGCUUUUUAUGACUCUUCCUUCCCCCAUUUUUCCCUUCAAUGAAGGCGGAAGUAUCUACUGCAUGCUUUCUUUUGAUUGUUUUUUUUUAUUGUUCAGAAUGCCAGCAGGUUUCAAUAGCUCAGAGCUUGCCAAAAAUUCUGUUAUUGUUUUACCUAAAGUAGAGACAAGCAGCUAAUGUCUGUUGGUUAAUUGUCUGUAUAAAAUGACUGUAUACAGUCACAUAACUGCCUUGAAAUUCCCUUUUACAUAAAUGAUCUUGCUAUGUAUUCAAUGUUAAUGUAUUUGUAUAUAAAUGUUCUGGUUAUUUAUAUAUACAGAUGUUUUACUAUUGUAUUUAAUGAUGCAAUUCUUUUUUAUUUUGUUACUAUUAAGAAAGAGACGUUUUAAUAACUUUUUUAUUUACAGAUAUUUGAAUUGCUUGAC